UCCCGGGGAGGACCUGGGCGGGCGCGGUCCCGGGACGGGCGCGUAUCCGGGUACCCGCGCGGAGGAACGGGUAGCGUUGUGUCUUGGAGCGAGGCGGUCCCGGUCCCGGUCCCGGAGGCCGCACCAUGGACUCGGUCCCCGAAGAGUACGAGCUCAACGGCGACCUGCGCCCAGAAUCGCCCCGAUCCCCGGACGCCUCGCCACCCCGCUGGGGCAGGAGCCAGCCUAUCAACGUGAACCAUUAUGCCAACAAGAAGAGUGCAGCAGAAAGCAUGCUGGACAUCGCGCUGCUGAUGGCCAAUGCCUCUCAGUUGAAAGCUGUCAUCGACCAGGGCCCCAGCUUCGCCUUCUUUGUCCCUCUGGUGGUACUCAUCUCCAUCUCCCUUGUGCUACAAAUCUGCGUGGGCGUGCUGCUCAUCUUCCUGGUCAGGUACGACCUCAACAACCCAGCCAAGCACGCCAAGCUGGACUUCCUCAACAACCUGGCCACCGGCCUGGUUUUCAUCAUUGUUGUGGUCAAUAUCUUCAUUACUGCCUUUGGUGUCCAGAAGCCUGUAUUGGAUGUGGCACCCCGGCAGUAGGGCUCAGGUCACAGAAGAAUGGUUCCAAGAGCUUCCAGUAGCCCAGCCCAGAGACUGCCUGGCAGGGAGUCCCACCAUGGCCAUCAUUUGCUAUAUUGGGAGCCUGCCCACAGGUGUUACCUCCCACCCAGCUGGGGCUCCAGUGAGUGGCACACUGCUGUUAAGUAAAAACUUCAGUUUCACCCUGCCAGAAAUGGGUUCACUGCCCUGACCAUACAUGAUGACCAGGUCAGAAGAACAGCACAGAUACAACAUUGCUGUCUACACAGCAGACUCAUCCAUGUGUCGCCAGGCUUUCCACUAGCUCAUUUGUAGCAGAGCAGAACAAAACCCCAAGGUCCUGCCCCCUGCUGUGGUUCAGGGGCUCCCAGGUACGUACUUGGAUCUGGUUCAGGUGGGGCAUUUUUAAAGUGACUGGCUCUGGGUGCCUGUGUCAGGGCUGGAGGUGGGCAUGGCUAUUCCCCAUGUCACCUUGGGGGUCAAGCCAAGACUGGACCCUCUGCAGGAGUUAAGGGAAGAAUGGCAGGCAGGAUGAGCUGUUGGGGAAAUUCCCUCCAUUGGCAUCUCCAGAUGUCACCCCUACUGUUCUCAGGGCACUUAGCCUGGUGACCCCUGACUAGCCCCUCAGGAAAAGUUCUAGCACUCUCACCAUUUCCUGCAGCCCACAUGCCGCCUGUCUUCCCUCAAUACCCACAGCCAUGACCCACCCCUGAUGUGGUGCCCAGCACUGCCCUUCAGUCAUGCCUCCUGGGCCAAGGAGAGUAGGGCUGGUGCCAGGUAGGCUGAGACCCUGCAGAGAACCCCAAGGGCCAGGUGCUAUCUGGGGGGUUGGCCCAUCUUGAGGGUCCUCACCUCACCUGACUGGAAUCCCCAGCUCCCUCUAUUCACCCCAGAGGCCUCCAGGACCUGAACCCUCACUCUCUGUCCCUUAUCCCCUCCACCAUGACCCUGCUGCCCCACCCCCUCAUCUCCUUGAGGUGGCAGUUCUGGCCAUAUCUGGUACCCUCCAAGAACCUGAGAUACCUGGGAACCCCUGUGGCCUUUGCCCCUCCUCCUCUCCCCAUUGCUUCUCUUCACAUGCAUCUGAGCCUGGGGUAGCUCUGACACCCUGUUCCCUUAAGAUGUUCAGAUGACCCUGCCAUCUGGUCUGUGGAGCUGAAAGAUCAGCUUGGCACAAAAUUAUGGGUAAACAUAAGUGCUUAUGGGUGAGACAUUCAGCCCUGGGCUUUGCUUUUAAGUACUCCAGGAAUAAGCAUAGGAAAUGAUGAAAGAGGAUUGAAGAAGUCCUGGUGACUACACAGUUGGUGCCACAGGAUGACUCUGCUCUGGUGAAUAAGUGCCCCAUAAAGAGGAUUUUUAAAGGUGAGCCCAUGCGGGAUGAGGUUCAAGAAGAAGCAAGUGGGCAGUGGUAGACACAUUUCUGGCUCGUGGGGCAGGUAUAUAAGCUGUGUGUGGGACCAGGCUCUGGAGUGGUGAGGAGGUUCUCAGACUCACGCCACCUCUCUUGCUGUCACUGUGAGCCCACAUUACCUUCCCCUCUUGCUUUAUGACAGAAAGCAGCAGGUAGUCAGGCUCCCAGCUAUGAGCUGCCCCAGCCCCUGGCCCUUGGCCUAACCUAUCUGGUGUACCUUGUUGCAUCUCCUUUGCCCCUGCUCUUAGCCAUCCCAGUAUGUCCAGAACAGUAUUUGGGCCCAUCCCUCCAGGCCCAGCUCUACCCAGGGCCUGGAACAGGUGGACUCCACCUGAACCUUGUUCCUAGGGUGGCCUGAAGUGGCCUGUGGUGUGGCUGGCCAGCAGCCACAAGGGAGAAACACCAGCCUGUGUGCUGGUCUUAUGAGGCAGCAUCUCAGAUGUUGCCAACAGAUGGCUGGGUUCCUCCUUCAGCCGUGACCAGAAGUCUGCCCAAACAUAGUAGCCAGAAAGAGAUAGCCCCAGAUGGUUGGACAGAGUACUGGGCCACCAAACCAGCCUGGCUUCCAUGGGUGCUCUGGGCAUCAGGGGCAGGUCAGGGUGCGUUCCCCAGCCCCAACAGUCCCAUCCCAAGGUGUCUUCACCAGGCACACAUGAUGACACCUCAUCCUCCACCCACUAGCUCCCAGGUUCAAACCUCAACUGCCACUCUGGCACCCUGACCCCUCACUCCACAUAUGUCCUCAUGUUGAGCCUUAAAAUAGUCUGCCACUUUCUGAGGAUAGAGCUCAGCCCUUAGGUCCUUCCCAUAGACCCCCCCAACUCUCCUCCCCUACUGGCCACUGUCACACGGAGCCAUUGGGGUUUACUUGGCUUUCAGUACUAUGAGCUGGCCUCACUGACCACCAUGUCCCCCUCCCCAUUAUCUGAGGCCCACCCAUCCUUGCCAUACUGGCUUAAGACCAGGGCUGUCCCCCAAGAAGGAAAGUCCUCCCCACCAGUCUCCCCAAGGGCAGAGAGGUUCUGCCUGAAAUGGGGGAGGUAGGCCCCAUUCAUGUCUAUGCUUCUAUGUAGGAUCUUGGUCUGGCCUGGGUGUUCCAUCGGAUGCCACCACCCAUGGCCUGUGUCCUUAACACUGUCCAGCAUGCAGUAGGUACUCAAUAAGUGUCUAUAGCAUUUGCUUACUCAUUCAUGUGUGCCUCAGCACAGGGUGGGGCAGAGCAGGGCCAGCCUCCCUGGUGUGACAACUCUCAGGGGCUUCUCCUGGGCCCUAACACCCUAACACCCUACUCCCGCCCAACUCCCUCCCACCCUGUGCCUCCACCCUGAAGCUCAGCUGUGUCCUCCCAGGGGGAUAAUCAGAGACCCUGAGAGUGAGCAAAGGGCUUGAGGAGCAAGAAGAUGCAAACAAGGUGGGGGGGGGGGUCAUGGAGGGACAUAUAGAGAGGGACAUUUGGGGAGGUCUCAAGAAUGAUGUCUGAUGGCAGUAUGGAACCUUGUGGAGGACAAACCCUGAAAGCUUGUGACCUGGGCCUGGAUCUGAGCCAGGUCUGGUCAGGUGGGGGAGGGAGUUGUCAUGUGAAGCUAGAGUGGGGUGGUGGGUGAGACAUGGCAGGGAAAUUGUAUGCUUAACCUUCUUACUGUAAAAGAUGAUGGAUGAAUGGACCAAGAAAUGAUCAAUUAAUCGAAUGGUAGGUAAUUGAUUGAUAGAUGAUAGAUGGAUGAUAAAUGGAUGGAUAUAGGGAAAUAGGUAAUUAAUUGAAUACUUGAUCAACAGAGAAAAGAUUAAUGGAUAAAUAAAGGAGAGAUAAUAGGUGGUAGAUUGACAGAUAAAAGAUAGAUGAUGGACAAAUAGGAAUAGGGGUGAGGAAGUAGCUAUGUACCAGUUAAAACCCAGGCAGGACCCUUCCAUCCCUGGGGAGCUGGUAUCUCCUCAGGCUCAGGUCCCCUGCAUGCAACCCAAGACACCACAGUUUAUUCCUGCCCAGUUCAAACCCUGGGUGUGUCCCCUAGGUGUGGGUCACUCUACAGGCCUCCCUCACCUGCCUCUUCAUCCUCACCAUCCACAUUUGAGACCUAGGCCCACUUGACAGGUGCUAAGGAAGGAGGAGGAAACACAGGACAGGUCAGGCAAUCCUCCUCACCCCCAGGAGGUGACAGCCAAGGUGAAGCCAACAGACUGAGAAGGUGACCAUUUGCUUUCAUAUCUGCCACACCACCUGCCUGUUUUCCUCCUCCCUCCCUCAGGUGCCUUCCAACCGCCUUUAAUUAAUUUUAAUUCCUUUUUCCUCAUGGCAUUACUUUUAAAAAUCAGGAAGCUAAAUGUUUUAAUGUUUUUCUUUCUCAAGGAUUUAUUUCAGGAGUAAACUAAGUAAGCUGCUGGGUCUGUGUGGCACAAGGAGCUGCCCCAGGGCAGCAGGGCCCCUCCCUAGCCCCAAGGCCCUGUUCUUGGUGUCCUCUCAGUUGGGAGAGGGGCUUAGUCUGCCUCUGGGUGGGAUAAAAAUCAAUUGUCCCAACUGCCCCGUCCAGUGUUGAGGAAGUGCCCCCCCAUCCCUAAAAUGGGUCCCCUUCUUGCUCCUACUGUACAGGUAACCUAACCUAAGCUCCAGCAGGCAGGCCUUGGAGCAGGACAGGCCCAUCUAGAUUUUUGUCUCCUGAGCCCCCUCCAAGUUCAACCCCUCACAGAUGCUUAUCUGUGAGACUGUGGGUUCCAGGGCUCAUCUGGCAGGGGCCUGACCUAGGGCCUGGGGUUUGUGCAGAAAUUUGGUGGGGAAUACAAGGGAACAUGGCUGGGCAGGGUUUCCUCUGAGCCCUGCCUCAGAGUGCUGACUUGUGGAAACUAUAAAUACCACCCCCAAUUCCAGCAGAGUCAGCGCCCCCUGCUUGGACCCCGUGCCUGCAGAGUCAACACCACCCUCUUGCCAAGGGGAACCCUGAAUUGUGCAAGAUGCAGCUGCAUUCCAGACUCUGAAAACAUGAGCUCAUGUCAUACACAGCUUGUGACCAUAUCUUUCCUGGGCAAGAGUAACUGGGACCCAGACUCCCUCCCUCACAGGCACAGUCAUCAAUAACAUACACGCCCUCCUUCAUAGUACCCUGCUCCCAACACACACACCAACUCUCUGCCUAACCAGCUCCUCACACUGAUGGGUCAUGGUCAUUGACAUCAAUUCAACACAAACAGGAAUCCCCAAUUUGGGGUGCAGUGUAGAAGGCGACUUAAUUAUUGAGUGCAAACAACUAAAUUAUCAAGCAUGGCUGUGAGGCCCUGGGUUGAAGCAGCCCUUGGGAGGACAGCUCUUUACUGCUCAACUCUGGUCUGGUAAGAUAUCUUGGGUGUUUCAUCUUUGGUGUCCCAACUCUAUCCAGAGAAAAGCAAUCUUCAGUUGAAAGGGAAAGUGUAACCCAAGGGCAAGCUGACUUAGAUAGACAGAAGUCCCCACCACUGGUCCUUGAUUGGUCUGUCUUCAUUUAAAUGAGGACUCAAAUCCUUGCAGUUUGAUUGGUCCAAAGGCACUGUACUAAUUGGUCAGAAUGGAGCCUCUUUGGUCAGUGAAGAAACUGAUGGGAAUAUAGCUGCACAGCUCCAGUUGGAUGAGGAAAGUUCCAGUCCAAUUCAUUGAAAUAGGAUUCCAGGAACCCCUUUACAAGGGCUCACUUAGAUGGCAGAAACACAGUGCAUGCAGGCAGUUCAGUGUAAAGACUUUUCCACAAAGUGCAGUUUGUGUGAGAGGCCCCAUGUGAAAAUGGCUGCUAGGCUUUAUUUUUCAAAUUUGAGCCCAGUUAGUCAACAGGAGUCCCUCUUAGCAGGAUUCCUCUCUGAGUCCACAACAUCCUACUCACACACUCCCUCACACACUGUCCCUCACAACUGUCAUCACACUUUGCUUCACACACCCUUCUCCACUCUUACAAACACACCCUUACACACACCCAACUCCUGCUCUCACAAGUUCCCUCAUACAACUCUUACACGCUCACUCACACCCCUCAUGCACCUCUUCCCCACAUACCUUUGAUAAUGGAAGCUCUCUCCCCACCCCAGACAACCUCUCCAAGCCUCUGCUCUGCUUUGGAGGUGGAAAAGGCAUCCCAACACUGGUAGACAUGAUGAGGAACUACAGUCAUGGGUCCCUUAAGGACAGGGACCCAUUCUAAGAAAUACUUCAUUAGGUGAUUUCAUCAUUGUGUGAACAUCACAGAGUGCACGUACACAAACCUGGAUGGUACAACCUGCUACACACCUCAGCUGUAUGGUAUAGCCUAUUGCUCCUGGGCUACAUACCUGAACAGCAUGUCACUGUAUUGAAUACUGUUGACAACUGUAAUACAUGGUAAAUACUUGUGUAUGUGAACAUGGAAAAGGUACGGUAAAAAUACAGUAUACCUGUACAGGGCACUUGCCAUGAAUGGAGUUGUUCUGAGUCAAUGAGUGAGUGGUAAGUGAAACUAUGUACACUACUGUAUACUUUAUAAACACUAUACACCUAGGCUAUACUGUUUA